CAUAUCCGACCAUGCUUAAACCAUCAAGGUUUGCUCGUGUCUUUAAUGACGUGGAUGCUUUAUUACUAGAAGAUCUGUGUACAUAUAUGUAAGAGGAAAGAGCUGGAUCUGAUCUACAUCGAUCAUAGCAGGAUCUAUCUUAUUACCUAAAAUGACCCAUCAGCCCCAUGUACGCACGUUAUCUCUCUUUCACUAAGCCUUCGACAGGGGUUCUAGCCAUUCUGCCAUUAGGUAACCAGGGUAUGUCCGCAAUUAGCUACAGUGGCCGAUAAGACGUCCAAUCCUCUGUAUAUCGUAUACCCUCAACUUCCUCCAUAUCUCGCCUUUUCUUUCUAUCAUCUCGUUUUCGCAUCAUUAACCUUUAUAUCCUCCCCAAUCGACCGCAUGCCUCCGUCAGCCUCGCCGAUUAUACCUCCUCGAAAACACUCACCUCUAUUAUCCUGUCUUAUUCGAUUGUCGACGGGCACGUGCCCCCCGCCACGGCGGCGGACACUCCAAUGAACUAUCCUCAUCAUGCCGCCGUCCAAUCGCGACAUCGAGAUGAAUAUAUUUCCCAUUAAGGAGGACUCCCUCGCGCACGGGAGCAGCUAUACCAUGCGGGAACCUCUAUACGAAGACACAGUGCCCCCGCGAUUCUUCGAUCGGCUAGUCGACGGAUUCCGACGAGACCCCAGCCAGCGCGUAACGCCCGAAGACCCUCUCGACGAGAUCCACGCCGCCGAAGCCGCACAACUCCACCCUAUGUUAAGCGGAAGCGCAAGAGGGUCGCAACCACAUUACUAUGAUGUAAGAUUGGCGAAUUUGCAGACGGCGCAAUCGCACCUUGCACGGAAGUUGAAGGGUCGCCAUUUGCAGAUGAUUGCGAUAGGUGGAUCUAUAGGAACUGGAUUGUUUGUUUCUUCAGGUCGCGCUCUCGAGGCUGGUGGACCAGCUUCGUUGCUUAUCGCAUAUCUCUUCAUCGGUUGCAUGUUGUAUUGCACCGUCCAAGCCCUCGGCGAACUUGCUGUCUGCUUUCCAGUAGCAGGGUCCUUCUCUGCCUAUUCGACACGUUUUCUGGACCCUUCGUGGGGCUUUGCAAUGGGUUGGAAUUACGCAUUGCAAUGGCUAGUCGCAUUACCGCUCGAAAUCAUCGCUGCAUCUAUAACCAUAACAUAUUGGAACCCCGAUCUUAACAAAGCUAUUUUUGUGACCGUGUUCUUAUCCGCUGUUGUCGGGAUUAAUCUAUUUGGUGUCAAGGGAUAUGGUGAGGCCGAAUUUAUCUUCGCUAUCAUUAAAGUUGUUGCUGUAAUUGGCUUCAUCUUGCUAGGUAUUGUCUUGAAUAUCGGAGGUGUUCCGGGUGGUGGAUAUAUUGGGGGUUUGUAUUGGCGGACUCCAGGCGCGUUCCACAACGGCUUCAAAGGUCUUUGCAGUGUCUUUGUCACCUCCGCUUUCGCCUUUGCCGGUACGGAAUUAGUCGGACUUGCCGCGGCGGAAACAGCGAACCCUCGAAAAUCACUUCCCACGGCUAUCAAGCAGGUAUUUUGGCGUAUAACAUUAUUCUAUAUCGUGGCACUGUUUCUUAUUGGGUUGCUUGUGCCAUACGAUGACCCACGCCUACUGAUCCCCGGCACAUCCGCCGCAGCAUCUCCUUUUGUCAUCGCAAUCGAAAAUGCGGGAAUCGAAGUGCUCCCCUCGGUCAUGAACGUCGUUAUCUUGAUUGCCGUUCUCUCCGUCGGAAAUUCUUCCGUUUUCGGCUCCUCGCGUACCCUUGCCGCGCUCGCGGACCAGAACCAAGCACCGAAAAUCCUAUCCUACGUCGACCGUCGCGGACGGCCCUUAGUUUCCGUCGUUGUCGCAUCCUCGCUAGGGUUUCUAGCAUACCUCGCCGAAUUAAAAGACCAAAGCGUCGUACUCAACUGGCUCACCGCCAUCUCCGGACUUUCAUCCAUCUUCACCUGGGCCUCCAUCUGUCUAGCGCACAUCCGCUUCCGCCGCGCGUGGGCCCGUCGCGGUCAUAGCGUACGAGAACUAGCGUUCCAGUCGCAAUGCGGCGUCUUUGGAUCGUACCUCGGCUUGUUUUUCAAUAUCAUGGUGCUCAUUGCCCAGUUCUGGGUCGGCGCGUGGCCUGUCGGUUGGCAGGAACAGAGCGCUGCCCAGCUAGCGAAUAAUUUCUUCCUGCAGUAUACCGCGGCGCCUGUCGUGAUUCUGUUUUAUGUCGCGCAUCGGUUGUAUACCCGUACUUCGUUUAUUAAAACAGCUGAUAUGGAUAUCGAUACGGGAAGAAGAGAUUUCAAUCUCCCGAUUCUGCUCGCGCAGGAGGCGGAGGAGAGGAGGGGAUGGCCGAGGUGGAAGAAGAUCUAUAAGUUGUUGUGUUGAUAAAGGAUAUGUAUCCCUUGUGUUGCUUUUUAGGAAUAGGGAGGUCGCCAAAGAGGGAAAAGGGGAUUAGCUUACGUCAUGACAUUAGAUGGGUGUUUAGGUGUUUUUGCUUUUUGGUGAGAGAGAAAGAAGGGAUAAACUGUACGAUAGUUAGAUACUUGUUAGGUAUGGGAGCGAGGCGUUUGGUUACAAUGUUCAUAUAUGUAGAAUCUAGAUAGAUUCUAUCUUGCGUUUAAUUUUAUUAAUUUAGUUAAUAUCUCGCAAAGUAUCAAAUAUGUUCGUUGUUAAUUGAAACAUUUUUAGGAUUUUAUUAA